AUGACGGAUACGCUACAUGGCAGCGAAUACCUUCAUAAAGGUGGCGUGGAAGCUAUUGUUGAAGGUGUUGCUGCUGGCCAGUAUGCAGAGCACAAACCUCGCGCCAUUAUGUUUGUCAACAAACGCCCUGUUGAAAUUAUCCCACAGGAAGAAAACUUGUUGGAAGUUCUGGAACGAGAAGGUAUUCGAGUUCCUAAGUUUUGUUAUCAUCCCAUCUUGUCGGUUGCAGGUAAUUGCCGUAUGUGCCUCGUACAAGUCGAUGGCACUCAAACUCUAGUGGUGUCUUGUGCUACUGUAGCGCUUCCAGGCAUGUCAAUCAUCACUGAUAGUCGACUAGUUCGCGAUGCCAGAGAGGGUAAUGUGGAGCUAAUUCUUAUAAAUCAUCCAAACGAUUGCCCAAUUUGCGAACAGGCGACUAAUUGUGACCUUCAGAACAUUAGCAUGAACUAUGGUACUGAUAUACCCCGAUACAAGGAAGACAAACGUUCUGUUCAGGAUUUCUAUUUUGAUCCCCAGACGCGUGUUGUACUUAACCGGUGUAUUCAUUGCACCCGAUGUGUAAGGUUUCUCAAUGAACACGCUCAGGAUUUUAACCUGGGGAUGAUUGGCCGUGGUGGCCUUAGUGAAAUCAGUACUUUUUUGGAUGAGUUGGAAGUGAAAACAGAUAACAAUAUGCCGGUUUCGCAAUUGUGUCCGGUAGGGAAACUAUUCCUGGGUGAUGCAGAAGAGAACAAUCGUGCAGCUGAUGAAUUAGACUCAUGUAAGCAACAGAAGACUGCCGUAACAGUUUAG